CGUGAAAUGGCCUCCCAAACAAAUGAUGCCGAACAGGAGUGGAGCUCGCCGUCUAGGGAGAGGUCGACACCUGCUCAGAGCGACCUACCUGGGUCUGCUGCUCGUCCCAGAAAACGACGCAGGAUUGCGUUGGCAUGUAGUAAUUGCAGACACAGAAAGUCGCGUUGUGAUGGAGGUCGGCCAAAAUGCUCCCUCUGCAACGAGAUGGGAUGUGAGUGCUCGUAUGAACAAGCUGGGACAACGACGAGCCUGACUGUGGGAAGGAAUUACCUGUCACGGCUGGAACAAAGGCUUGAAGACAUCGAAAGUACCAUGAAGGCUAUGCAACAGACUCAGUCGGCGUCCCAGACCGACACGGCCCACGUCCACCAGUUUGCAAAUAGCUCUUUGCCUUCGGCACCAGACUCUGCUCUCCCUCCGGAACCAUCAGCUCAGUAUUCUGCAGACGCGGAAAUGGGCGAAAUCGAUACUAGCGAAGAUGCCAUCGACGGCAUGGGAGCCAUCAAGUUCACAGAUGAAGAAGACAGUGGCUAUUUUGGUCCGUCGUCCAACGUCGCUUUUGUGCGCCAUAUCUCACUGGCGCUGGCCAAGGCAAGCGGGCAGGGUCACGCUAUCGGAACCGGGACAAACUCGCUGACAGCCGCCGCUGAGUGGAUGCGAGUCACUCGUCCGCAUUACGUGCAUGGCGAGAUCAACGAAAGCGCCUUGGAUCGCUCACGGAGGAGUGUCAACAUCUACGGGUUGCCACCUGAAGCCUACACCUGGAGGCUGAUCAAGGAGUACUUCCAGAAGACCGGUCAGCUACUGCCAUUCAUUCACGAGGAGUCCUUUUGCGAAACAUACUUUCAGCUGAAGCGCACCAACUUCACAAUGGCUCGGAGAACCUGGCUCGGCCUGCUGAACAUGAUUCUCGCCAUGGCCACCACCUUGACUGUCGACGGUUACACUUCCUCGGAGGAGAGAAUUGCAGAGUCAGACGUGUACUAUCAAAGAGCUAAUGGCCUAUGUGAGAGGGAAUCAAGAGCAAACAUCAGUCUUGAACUAGUGCAAUACUUGCUCAUUGUGGGCCAGUAUCUGCAAGGCACACAAAAGUCCGUCCGUGCCUGGACUGUUCACGGGCUGGCCGUCACAACGGCGUUUCAGUUGGGUCUCCAUUCACCACGAACAAAUCAGGACUUCUCCCCAUUAGAGAGCGAGAUUCGAAAGCGCGUCUGGUUCGGCUGCAUCCUCCUCGAUCGCACAUUAAGCAUGACUUAUGGCCGGCCCUGUAUGAUUCCUGAAAAGUACGUGAAGCUUGAGCUUCCGACCGCCGAUAUACAGGUCAUGGGGCAAACUCCCAGGACGGACGUUAGGCAACGGAUGGAUGCAAUGUACUUCCGAGCAACCAUAGCCCUGUACAGUGUCAUGUAUCAAAUCAUCGAUACAUGCUACGGGCAAAAUCUCGGCCUCGAGGAGUUUCUCCCCGUGGCGGAAAUUAUUUCUCUCACACUCAGAGGGGAGACGCAGCUCAACGAGUGGAAGAAUCAAAUCCUCCCUUCUUUGAGCCUACGGGUGUGUAACACUCCGCUUUGUUCGCAAGACCUGGAAAAAUUGGAAGCAAAGGACAAGAUCACGGAAAGGUUCAACUUGGUGCUCUCCCUUCGGUUCCACAACCUCCACAUCCUGCUUCAUCGACCCAUCCUGGAGAAACUGCUGGACGUGCACGGAGGGGUCACCAACGACGCCGAGACGAACAUGAUGCACCAGGUCUGUAUCAGCAGCGUCGAAAACUGCGUGGACUCUGCCAUGAUUAUCAUUUCGAUCGUCCACACCGUGGUACUUUCCAACGGGUGGCGUCGUGAUCUCCUUGGGGCUUGGAACUAUUCCUUGUUUUACACAUUCAAUGCCAGUCUCGUUAUAAUCGCAGGCUUGCUUGUUUCUCCCAAGGAGAUUGGCAGUGAAGGCGACAUUCCACCCUCGCAGUGGAAGUUUCUUGAGAGUUCGGCAAUCUACCUCAACAUGGCCAUCGAAGCCUUGCAGAACCUUGACCGGGGGAAUCGGGUGGUCCAGCGCAUUGUCGACUAUCUGUCGCAGCUAGCUUUGGCGGUGCUCAGCAUGUCAUCUCAUAACCUCGAUGCGAGUUCCAUUCUUCCAAGUGCGAAUAGCUACGAUCCUUUCGCCUCGGCCAGCAAUCAGCAAGACCUAUUCCCGGUACGGUCCUCACACCAGGCGAUUGGGCAGAAAGAGCUUCCCAUGGAGAUUGACCUCAGCGAGUUCACGCUGGAUACUGACCUAGACUGGUUUACUCGACAUUUUGAGCCCAAUAGAUAGUGUAAGGGCAGUUUAGUCCUGAGCAAAUCGUGCGGACGGUGUCUUGAGACGAAGAACAUGGUUUCCGAUUGCGGUGUCGGACGUUUUCUUGCCGACUGCCCUGCUUUUGCUAUUCCGACCAAUGCAUGCUGGUGUGUUCAGGACCCCAUUGGGUGUCGCCGCCUGGGAGCUGU